AUGUGGUUCUCGACCCCACUGAAAGCACUCCGACAGCAGCCCGCCCAAGCAUCCACCCCGCAAACCCAAGCCCAGACUGCCAGUGGCAGCCAACCACAACCAUCUCACCCGGAACCCCAGCCCGAGAAUAUUUUGCUCAACCACCAUCCAAACAUCAACUUCCUCUCCUCGGCCACACCAAUCCCAUCAUUCCCGAAGACUGUCUCGCUAAGCUCACUCAAGCAAGCCCAGCGCCAGUCGGAGAUCAACUUCUUAUCGAAUUUCAUCUCUCAAACGGCCUCCAGUCCAUCGCUCAAACGAGCUCACCAGCAACCAGAACAACAGGAACCAGAACUUCAAGCCAACAACCAGCUAGCCCCUUCUACCCUCAGAUUGAUCGACCAACCGUCCGCCGACCAAUCCUCAAUGAUCACCCUACCAUACCCUAACCCAGAUCUAUCAUCAAUCACCACCCACAACACUCUCUUCGACUCCGAAAUCCAGCCCAACCCAACCCCAGCUCGCAGGAUCUCUGCUCUGCCGAGUCGGGCCCAAACUCCCUUCAAAUUAUUCAAACCUCAGCCAUCCCCAUUGCCUCAAUCAGCACCGCAAGUCGAACACCACCAAUUUCAAUCACCCAUUAGCCAGCACGCCCGAUCCCCUCUCGUCAACAAACCAACUAACAUACUCAUCACAGCUAAAGAUGUAACCUCUACUAAAGCAGCCACCUCGACUAAAGAGCCAACCGCUCCUCAAGAAGCAACCUCGUCUCAAUCUCCCCACGAAGCAGCCUUGUCUAAAGCAGUAGCCUCUCCUGCAGAUCGAAAAAAUCUUGCUCAUUCCGAAGAAUUCAUCUCUCCAUCAAGACGGAAAAUUGCCUCUCCUCCAAAAGUCAAUUUCCCAACCCCAUCUGCCGCCAUCUCAGACAUUUUCAAAAAGCAAGACCAGCCCAUCGUCCCAAGCGCAACGACCAUCGACCAAGUCAUGGCUGAACUCGAAAAUAGGACUGAAGCAGGACCACGGAUCACCAAAAUCACUUUUCAAGAUCAACAAAACUCUCAGGUAACUAAACCGACUACCGGUAGAUUUACUGACGCCCAUGGAAAACAGUUCGCCAAGUAUGACAGUAUCACGAAUCAUUAUGCAGCCAAACGGAAGAAUGACGCGCCAACAAUGAAUGGCCGGAGCGUUACCAAUCCCUCAAAGAGAGCCAAGGUCUCUGACUUUGGAUAUCCGAAACGUCUGGUGUCUCAGCAAGAGACGGACGCCGAACAGGCCGAAAAGAAGAAAGAGAUUGUCAAGAGGCAGCUAGAAUUGGCUCGAUCACGUCGAAGGACUGGUGGUCGGACUUCAAACAUCGGGCCGAAAGUGUCUGUGCCUACAGCCGCAUCAUCCAAUCCUCCCGGAGCUAGUAAAAUACCACCACGGGGCGCAACUACUCGAGCGCAGGCUAGUGCGGCGACCCAGCCAACCGCUUUCUCCAAGUCCACCUGGCAACCCAAAACGUUGCCUAAACCACCCGGUGGAAAUCUUAAGAUGAUGAGCGGGCCGAGCAGUCGCAUAAAUCCGCCCAGGACUCGCCAAAUUACUCAAGUCAGCAGUCCGAGUAAGAACUUCAACGCGGGCUCGGCAGGUCCGACGACCACGAUGACCACCCGGUCCCGAAUCCCGAAGAUGUCGACCCAUGGCCACGGCCAAACGAUCAUCCGGCCAACCGUGAAGAGUGGCGAGGAGACAAGCAGAAAGGCGAUGAUGACGUCGACAUCGACGAAUGCGAGCUCGACCCGCUCGGUCGUCCGCAUCGGCCUCUCGGCCAAAACUGUGCCUAAGAAGCUCAGCCAGCCCGUCCAGUCUACCAAGCCGAUCUCCACCCAGACCAGACCUGGCGCCGCCCUCCGACGCACCACCACCAUCGGCUCCCGCCCGCCCCUCGCCCGCAAAAGCAGCUCCCAUCCUUCUCGCGCCUUGCCCCACAAAGAUCGUAGCAACCCAGCCUCUGACAUCCCUAAGCGGAAAAUUCUCAUCCUCCGCAAAAGUAGGAGGUCUAGCUUGAAAAACGUCGGCACCAAAGCCGUGUCCCAUCGUGUUUCUUCUUCCUAA